AUGAAGAUCUCCCUCCUCGUUGUGGCAGUAGCUUCGCUCGCCACCCAAGCAGCAGCCAGCUACGCCAGCAGCUGCCGAAACUGCCGCCUCGAGAAAUGGAACAACGACUGGCUCUCUGGUAACGAAUACGGGCCUAUUCUGCUAUGCGACUGCAAGCAGAAGGACGGCAAGUGGCAUUCGUCGCGCCUCGACCUGAAUCACUGCAUCGCCAACAAUGAUGGCAGGAUGACGUCGCGGAAAGAGGGGAAUCUCGGAAGGUCGUGCCAUGGGUAUGGGUUGAGCAAUAGCAAGAUUUUCGGUGCUCAUUGCAAGAAGAAGUGA